AUGCAUUCCUGGCCAACUGUCGUAGUUCUCGCACUCGUCCUUCAGGUUCACUGCAGUGUGUUUUACCCUGUGAAAGAGUACUCAAAUCGUACCGCAUUUAGGCGCCAUUGGGUGGUUGCUGUGGAAGCUGAGCACCUGGGUUGUGUUAGUUACCUUUCUGCUAACCGUGGUGCUGAGUUCCCCAUUGGGUCUGCGCGUGAUGAGGACGUCCAGGAAAGGCAGUUGUCCGACAUUAUUUUCUUCCUUUGUGAAUUGGAUGUCGGGGAAGAUGCUGUUACGCAAGUUUUGGAAGUCUGCUAG